CAGCCUGCAAACUCUAUAAAAGGCAGCCACCACCCCUGUGCUCCCAAACCAUCCAUCAGUCGUCCAUAGUCACUACUCAUCGAUCGAUCUCCACGACGUGCAUCCACAGCGAGAGAGAGAGAGAGAUCAAAUUAAUGGAGCGUGUGAUGCAGCUGGCGUCGGAGCAUGGGGUGGUUGAGUUCACGCUGAGCAGCUGCUACAUGUGCCGCGCGGUGAGGCUGAUGAUGGCGGAGCUGAGCGUGAACGCGCGGGUGCACGAGCUGGACAGCGACCCCAGGGGCAAGGACAUGGAGCGCGCCCUGCUCAAGAUGCUCGGCGGCGGCAGGGACCCCGCCGUGCCCGCCGUCUUCAUCAGCGGCAAGCUCGUCGGCGGCAUCGUCAGCGUCAUGUCGCUCCACCUAGCCGGCGAGCUCGUGCCCAUGCUCGUGAAAUCUGGCAUGUUUUUGGAAUAAUUAAGGGCAGGUUUUUCACGUCCCUGUUCUUGUGAUGAAUUGACAAUAAUAACUAUAUAUACUAAGGCAAAAACUAGCUUUAAUUUCCUGCUACCUUCAAGCAUGCCUUGUAAGUGGUAGGAGCUAGUGAUCAGCGAGAGGAUGAAAUGGUGGCCUACCAAGCUAAGCCAGCUUCUAAUUUCGUCUUCUAGCUAGCUUCUUCCUUUUAGAUGUUUUCCUUUUCUAACUUGCUAUAUACGGUGAAUGCGUGUACUGAUCAGUCCACCCUUUCUCGACGGGCUUAUGAAUAUAUGAAUGAGAGUUAAUUAGUGACGAGCAGAUGUACGUCUAAUGGUGUAUACAGAUUAAAUAAUCUUGCAUAUCGUGCAUUUUCUUUUGGUAAGUGAAU